AUGCGGAUACUGCAGGCGGCGCUUCUGGCGGCCGUCGCCGCUUCGUCUUUCGCUUUCGAGGUUUUUUUUUUCUCUCGAGUAAUGAGGAGCUCUAGCCUAUUGCAAUAAAAUUGUCUUGAUUGUUUGGGGAGUCAGGCAACCCAUCGAAAACAAGACAGACAGAUUGUGAUAAGAACGCGAAUGUUUUCAAUAUUAAACAGAAAAACAAGUUUUAAAGCUUUCGAAAUCAUGCUAACGGAAAUGGAUGUUAUGAAGAUCUUUAAAGUAGAAAAAUAAAAUAGGAAACUAUGUUUUCUAGUGUUCUCCGGAUACUAUUCUGCGUAUGGCGACCAACAAAAGAGCCAAACAGUUGGAGCGAGAGUGUCACGAACAAAAGAGCGGCCAGCCUGUCUGCGAGACCAAGUCCGACGUCGAAAAGGCCUGGAAGGACUUCGAAAAGGCUUCCAACGACUACAAAAAGGUCUUUCGUUUUGGAAUUUAUUUCUAAAACUUUUUAGGCUGUUACGGCCUGCCGAAAAGUUGUAGAGUCGAGGAGUCGCAGAGACGUCGCCGACGGCCCCGAAGGCGGCGUUUUUCUCGGCGACGAAGACGUACCGUAUCAACCUAAUAUUGAGGAUCCUGGCCAUGAAUACCGGCUGAAACGCAGCAACCAAGGUUUGGAGAAGUCGUGAGGAUCAGGGGCUUUGUUUCAGACGACCCCAACGAUCCAAAUAUCGACCACACUGGCCACGAUCACCGGAGAAGACGUGAAACUGGUAGUAAACUUGGCAAGGUAGUCAUUAUUUGAUUGAAAUUGUUCCAGAUGAUCCCAGUGAUCCCAACAUCGAUCACACCGGCCACAACCAUCGCAGAAGACGUCAUAAUGGUAGGUUGACUUUUAAAUUCAAUAUUUUGAACUGGCUUCUGAAAAUCUUAUCACCCACGCCAAAUCUCCAAUAUAUUAGAUUUUUACCCAAAUUGAAAAUUAGUGAGAAAAUAAUGUAGACCGAUAGCCUGCCAAUAAAUUUUGAUAAAAUAAUUUGAUUUUUUUUUCCGUUGUGUAUGACUUUUUAAGAAUUUUCUGAAAAGACAAUGGUUUUUAGUAUAUUUACCUCAAUUUUAUUUUUUUAAAACUUUUUUUGUAUUUUAUCUGCAUGAACGGUAGAAAAAAACAUACUGGAGCAAAAGAAACAAGAUGAAUAUGAUGUGAUCUUGCAGAUGAUCCGAACGAUCCCAACAUCGACCAUUCCGGACACAAUCACCGAAGAAGACGUGAAAGUGGUAGUAAACGAGUCUAGGUAGUUAUGAUUUGAUUAAAAUGGUUGCAGAUGAUCCGAACGAUCCCAACAUUGACCACACCGGCCACAAUCAUCGCAGAAGACGUCAUAAUGGUAGGUUUUCUUUCAGAUUCAACAACUUGAUGAGCUUGCUAGAUUCUUAAGACCCGAGUUGAGCUAUACACGAAAUGAUUUCAGACGAUCCCAACGACCCAAACAUCGAUCACACCGGCCACAAUCAUCGCAGAAGACGCCAUAAUGGUAUGUUGACUUUCAGAUUCAAUUUCCGAUACCGAAAUGAAUGAGUUCUACUAAAUAAAUUUUCUGCGCUCGGGAAAUGGUUAAUAACCGAGGCGAUUUCCGGAGAUAACUGAGAGAAAAAGUAGAAUCCUACGGAAAACCUGAGUAGAACCGAGUACAUCAAGGUGAUGAGAGCACGAGUCGACGAAUAUAUUACGUCUUAUUUAAACUUGUUACUUAUGAGGACGGUUAAAUUUUUCUAGUAGCAUAGAAAAUCUGAAUCGAUAGCUGGUGAGUGGAUUUUAGAAUAAGACUCAACACAGGCAUACAUUGACUGAUAAAUCAAACUUUUAUUGAUGCUCAUAAGCCGUAGCCCCUAUAUCAACGAAAUCAUUGCAGACGAUCCCAACGACCCAGAAAUCGAUCAUACUGGCCACAAUCAUCGCAAAAGACGUCAUAAUGGUAGGUUUAUUUUUAGAAUCAAACAUCCGAUAUUUUUGCUUGAUUCCUAAAAGUUCAUAUUAUCCAUGAAACUAUUCCAGACGAUCCUAACGACCCAAACAUCGAUCAUACUGGCCACAAUCAUCGCAGAAGACGUCAUAACGGUAUUUUGACUUCCAGUUUCUAUAUUGGAUCAUAUUACUCGAUUAUUAUGAGCCGUAAUGAGCGUUAUCCGCAGAACUAUUACAGAUGAUCCCAACGACCCAAACAUUGACCACACGGGCCACAACCACCGACACCGAAGACAGACAUGCUCUGCCGCCGCGCAGAGUGACUUGAACGAACUGAAGGCGUCCUUCGAGUCCCAUUGUGUCCGCGACAACAUGUAACACGUCAUUCGUCUGCUCUCAUAUAACUCCAAAUUUUCAGCUGUCUGCCGAAAGAAGACCUGACCCCUGGAAAACAGCGAGACGACUUUGAGGCGAUCCACAAGAAACGGGCCCAGAUGUACACUAACUAUCUUUCCAAACUAUUUACUUGCUACGGAAAACUUUGA